ACACGGCAUUCAGCUGCAUAUAAAAGUGUAGAUUACUGUAUAAAGAAGCGCAGUUGGUGAACGAGUUUGACGAGAAUACCAGUGGUGAAUUUUUUGCCAAUAAAAUUUCUUACAAAUGGCUUUUAAAUGGACUGCCGUUGUCCUUACGGGAUUCUUAUGCUGUACCGUGAAAGCGUUUGAUCUGGAAACGGACUGUAACUCGUACAACACAUCCCAGCCAGCCAGCACCAUCCCGUUAAACGAUCCCGUUGAAUUCCGUCGCGAUCGGCUGCGUCUGGAGGAAUGUAUCAUCUAUGCUAAGAAGGAGUCGACGAUAUGCGCGAUGGUCCCGGGCAUCGAUUCCUGCAUGGCGAUCGGCUUCAAUCCGCGCCGGUACAAUCCCAUACGGCAGAACUACCUUGCAGCGGAAUGCCGGUUUCAGAAUAGCUCAGUGGUCGCCGAGACCACCAAGACCAUCCGUCUGACCAGCCCCAAGCGGGCCGUAACCUUAUCGCUGAUGGACGGAAUAGACAGCAAUAAUUCCCUGAUGUACGAUGUGAUUGAUCCGAUUCGUAAUCAGACAAUUGAUUUAUGGAUGGAAAGUUGUAUAGCGACGGACCUCACCCGGCGAAUCUACAACGUCGGCGUGUUACCGAAUUUAUUCGUCCUUGGUAUUUCGUGGUGUCGUAACAUGACCGUGUUGAAAGAGGAUUUCAGUCGCAUGCCCCGCAUACGAAUGAUAAUUUUCACGAUGUCCACCAUGUUAUCCCUGGAGCCGGGAACAUUCACGGACCUGCCGCAUCUGCACAGUUUAAUUCUGGAGCGGGAUCUAUUCAUGUUGGUGCCAGAAAUGCUGCCCAACAACAGAGGCCAUACUCCGAAUGAAAAGCUCAUCAGGAUGCUCGAUACGCGUGAUUAUGUGUGGCGUUUACACUGUGGUUGCGCGUUGGCUUGGCUGCGGAAUUCGUUGAGGAACAGGCCCUAUCUGAUCAAAGACCGUGAAGAAGGCGAAGGGCUAACCAUAGGGGACUAUAAGUCUCCGCAGGUCUGGAAAAACAUGGACGCGCUUAGUGUCGACUGCUCCCAAGAGGUUGACGCUGGAAAUAUCUUCAACAGAAACGGUUUUUCUUACAAUACAUCCUGUUAUAACUUGGUGUGCUAACUGGGUCACGGGAAGUGGCCCGGUACUGCCGGUACAUACAACAAAUUUCUUUUAUCUGGCACAUCCACUGAGAUUUUUGCUCCCCUCAGAAGCCUGUUCGAUAUGUUGUAUGUUCACCGCAAAAUUACAAGUAUAUAAUGGCCAAAAUAGCGUGAGUGCAAAAAAAGUUGGUACUUAGGUAUUGUGAAUUUUUAUUGACAAAAACUGUCGGG